AUGAAAUGCGCAAUCCGGGCUCUAAUCGUGGUUUUUGCCAUAUCCGUUUUCGUUUGGGCGGAGCCAGAGCCUAGCUAUGGUCAUGGAGGGCAUGGAGGCCAUGGCGGAGGUGGCGGUGGUGGUGGAGGAGGGGGCGGUGGGGGCUAUUACCAAUAUGGAUACAAAGUCCAUGAUGGCUAUCAUGGAACCGAUUUUGGGCACAGUGAAAAGCGGAACGGUGGCCACACCACUGGGAAAUACCACGUGAAGCUCCCGGAUGGUCGUCUUCAAACAGUUCAUUACAAUGUGGAUGGAUAUAAGGGCUAUGUGGCUGAUGUGCAAUACAGUGGAUAUGGGCAUCAUCCUCAAGGUCAUGGACAUGGAGGUGGUGGCGGUGGCGGGGGAGGUGGAUACCAUGGAUAA